AUGUCAGCUUACCCUAAUCAACAACCCGGCUACAAUAACCACUGUGAGUAUCUCAACGCGGUCGUUCCUUCCGCGAGGUGUCGAUCGAUGCGGUCUUUGUUCUUGGCUUGGCAUUGUUCCAGUGGUCGUAGGAGCUUGAUGAGCAGCCUCUUGCGUCACGUUAUGCGCCGCCGUUCACGUGCGGAGGUUUCGAAACGCAUCAGAUGCACAAGGACCCCAUGACGACCGCAAUGCGCCCGAGAUCAGCACUCCCAAGACGAGCCAGCCCCACUGCAGGUGGGGGCGGGAACGAGAUGAAGAGCCCCAGAGCGAUCGUCGGAGGGUCACACGCACUCCAGAAUCGACCAUGCCAUCCCUGAUUGAUGCUGACCGGACUCAUGCCUUGACUUCAAAACUCGGUCAGACGGCGCGCCCCCAGCAGGCCAGCCCCAGUACGGCGCUCCUCAGCAGCAGUGUAGGUCAUGCCAGCGCACCCUCGCGCGCACCCUCGCGCAUGCCAAGAUUUGAUUACUUAUCCGACGCAUGUUCUUUCGCCCUCAGACGGUGCGCCGCCACCUCAGGGCCAACAAGCUUACGGCCAAGCGCCCCCACCAGGCCAGCAGCAGCCUUGUCCGUUCCUGCUCAAGUCCUUCCCGCCGUUAUCACCCAAAAGCUAAAGGGGAUCUUUCCCACAGAUGGUCAGCAACCUCAAUAUGGUGCACCCCCGGCGCAGCAGCAACAAUACGGUGUUUCACCCCAAGGUGAGAAAUCUUCGUCUCCUCGGAGCAAAAGUCACGAGCUCACGCGGACCAUGAUCUUUUGUCGCAGGACACUACGGUCAUCCUCCACCAGCCGGACAAUACGGUCAGCCUCCAGCGGGACAGUACGGACAGCCGCCAGCUCAGGCCGGAGCAUAUGGCGCACCUCCGCCACAACAGGGCUACGGUCAGUCGGAGGAAUUGCGUGAUCAGAGCGAGGUCAAGAGGCAGAAUUUCUGAUGAGUGAUUUCGUCUUGAUUGGCAGGCGCACCUCCGAGUCAGGGAUACGGUGAGUAGUGCUCCGGGCUCUCCGGGGAAGGACCCAUCCCAUUCCUGAUUUUGUCCUCUUUGCGUCCGACUCGUAGGCGCUCCAGCCCCUGGACAGUACGGGGCACCCCCUCCGAACCAGUACGGACAACCUGCUGCACCCGGAGGCUACGCCCCUCAAGCAGGCUACGCAGCACCCGCCCCGAUUCCCCACACGUACCUCGGAACUCGCAUUCACCCCUCCGAGAACCCGCUCUUGCCCGCUCAAAAAAAGCUGCGCGCGAACCAAGUCGUUGACGGAUACGACCCCGCCAAGGACGUCGAGACGAUCAAAAAAGCUUGCAAAGGUUUCGGGACGAGCGAGGACAAGAUCACCGCCGUCGUCACCGCCUUGCCGGCCGUACGCAUCCCUCCUCUGAUCUACGCCUACAAAGCUCGCGAAGGCAAGGACAUGAUCAAGUUGCUCGAGAAGGAGUUAAGGGGCAACUAUGAGACCUUGAUCUUGCAGAUUCUUGCGGGGCCUUUGAUGGGGGAUGUCGAGCUUGUCAAGGACGCGUGUAAAGGUUUGGGAACGAACGAAAUGAUCUUGACCGAGGUCUUGAUCGGUCGAACACCCUUGGCGAUGGAUCUUCUCAAAGCCGCUUUCCAAGCGCAUACGGGCAAGUCGAUGGAGAAGGAGGUCUUGGAUGAGCUGUCGAUGAAGACAAAGUCGGCUAUGGCUGUCGCUUUGCUGGGCAAUUGGAAGGAUCAACCGAAUAUGGGAAGGACGCCGGAGAAUGAAGCGGGUCAGGGUGGGGCAGGUGGGAUCGGUGGAUUCGUCAGUGCGGCUCCGGCUCAGCUCAAUCAGCAGAUGGUCCAGGAUGAUGCUCAGGUACGGGCGAGGUGAAAGGCUUAGAGAUUACGGAGAAAAUGCCGCUGAACGAAAUUCCUGGGGCCUUGUCAACGCAGCAACUCAAGAAGGCCAUUCAGGUUCACGUCACGGGCGAGGUCAGCAUCGAUCAACAGCACGUGUAAGUCACCACGCUGCCAAUGAAACACUUCCCCGACGCUUCCUCACUGAGUGAAUCAUCAUGCAUAGAUCCUCCAUUGUCUUUGCGCGAUCGCCUGCACAUCUCCAAGCCGUGCAAACGCAGUACAAGACGUUGACCCGAGCCGCGUUGACCCACAACAUCAAGCGCUGCGUCGAUGGCCAUCUGAAGGAGAUGUACCUCUUUGCUCUGGAAGGAGGAAAGCGCGAUACGAAUGGGUGCUGUGAGUACUGGCCUGUAUCACUCGAAGUGUAGGCGCUGUCGGCUAAGCAGUGUUUUGGAAUCUCUCCCCGUCCCUUCGCGCAAUUCCAGGGCGAGACGCCAAACGUCUGCACGACGCCAUGGCCGGCCUCGGCACCAAAGACCUCCUCCUCAUCAUGCGCAUCGUCCGAGCCCACUGGGAUCGCCAACGCUUCCAACAGCUCAAGGGCGCGUACCGCCAAAAGUACUCGAGGGAGUUGUUGACGGACGUGAUGAAGGAGACCUCGGGCGAUUAUCGUGAUGCGUUGAUUGCGCUGAUCAAUGCGCCGUAA